UGGAACGUCAGAGGAGUUCCUUGCCCCUCUACAACAUCCGCCAUUCCGCAGUGUCACAUUUUACUCUCCUAGAGUUACUUAAGUGUCACCAGUGAGAUAGAUCACGCGAAAGAGUACUUUGCAGGGUGUUCUUCGGAUUUUAAGAAAUCAUCAUAACCCCAAAAAGGAUUUGCUCGAGGUUUGUUAAAAACCGGAUUCAGGAUGAAUGUUUUAUUGUACGCGGCGUUACUCACGUCGCACAUAUCAGCUAUAUGGUGUUCGCCUGGUUCUGGUUCCCAGACUGUGACUUUCAGCAUGCGAAAACUAGCCUUCUCCACAAAUCAAUUCGGAAUGGAUAUGUACCGAGCGCUCAACAUCACCGAUGAGAAUGUAGCCUUUUGCCCUUUCUGCAUCGGGUCCUCCCUAGCCAUGAUCCUGUUGGGAGCCGAAGGCAACACGGCCAUGGCUCUGAGGCAAGCUCUCUACCUCUGGGGACUUCACCCGCAAGAAAUCCAUAAGGCCUACCACGAUCUGAUUGCCCACCUGGGUUUGAAUCUUACGCCUUUGGAAGAGAUGGGAGUUGACAUGCGUAGGUCCUAUGUUGAUGACAAUACUUUGAAACUUAUCAAUAAUAUAUAUAUUCAAAGGCAUUUCUCAGUGCAUUAUCCUUUUCAGUUCCUUCUUAACAGGUAUUACAACACCAGCAUCUACCCUUUGGAUUUCGUGAUGAAUGCAGAACAGAGCACGAGGUAUAUCAACGUGUUUUUCGAACGCAACAUGGAAGGCAAAGCGACGCAGAUUUUGUCUCAAGUUCCAUCACCUUCUACAAAUCUUCUUCUGCUCAACGCCAUUUACUUCAGGGGCACGCUGGACAUGAAUAUGGCCCAGGUAGAAGAAAGCAGAUUUGUAGGAAGAGCUGGAGAGAGACCUUUCAUCAUGCUUGAGGCCAGGAAGGCCCGUGUCAGAUACGGAGUCCACGAAUACUUAAACUGCACCGCCGUAGAAGUUCCUUUUAGGGGAGGUUUGAUAUCUCUAGUGGCCUUGCUGCCCAACGAACCAGAAGGCAUGGCCAUGUUGGAGACACGAAUCAGUGCCCAACGUUUGACCGACAUCAUCAACUCCAUGCAAGUUAAAAGAGUCAAUUUCCAGAUGCCAAGGAUCAAAGUGAAACAAACACAUGGCAAUUUAACGAAAGCACUAUUUAAUUUGGGCUUGGUGGACCUGUUUACACCUGGUUAUGCCAAUCUCUUUGGCAUCAGUAACUUCGGAUGGCUUCAUGUCACCAACGUCACGCAUGCUGCCUAUGUAGAAGUGCUGGAAGCACCAAGUUCUGCACCAGGACAUAACACCACAGAGCACAACAUUUCUGUCAUCUUGGACAGACCUUUCCUGUGGUUCAUCAUGGAUAAUGUAGCCGGAUUGGCUAUUGCAAUGGGGAAAAUGGUAAAACCAACUGAUGAGAACUGGACUGAUUUUCCAACAACUCCUGGUAUUUAAAAAAUCCACCGAAAAAUAUUCUAUGUUCUAAUAUUCUGAAGGAAAAAAAGGUAAAAUCGGAGUAAUAAGAAAAGUAGGAGAAAAGCUAAAAAAUAGAAAAUGGAAAACUUUCAGUUCCAAAAUUAUACUCAGUUUUGUCUCAAACAUUCAGUAAAACAAUUUUUAAACUUCUAUCAGGGUUUGGAAAUUGGAAAUUAACUACUUUUAAAUUCUCACUGUUGCCAUUCCUGGAUUUCUUUGAAACUUAUUUUUAAUCUAUUCGUUCUAAUCUAUCCUAGAGUGAAAGAAGAAUAAAAUGGCAGCAAAUAAAUAAAUAAAUAAAAAGAUUUAAAUGCGGAAGAAAUAUAAAAAUAAUUUGAAAUUUUCCUUUGUUGUUUUUGUUUUUGUUUUAUGAAUUAUGUAUUUUACUUGGAAUGUUAAUUUUGACCGCUCCCCAGUACACUGCGUAUUUUGUCAUAAAGCUACAAAAUAUAUUUUAUUUUCUGAAUUAUUUUUUCCUGUAAAUAUGUGAAUUAUAUUGUCCGUUUAUUAUGAAU